CUGGACAUCAAGACUUCUUAGUACAGAGGCUCCCUUCUCCCUCGAGCUCUCCCUGACUGGACGUUUCCACCAUGGCCUUUACUGCUUUGCAACUAGCUGACCAAGAACUGAAAGUCAGACUUGAGAAUGAAGCUCUCUUCCUUUAAAUUAGAAACAACGAAUUUCCUCCUGAUGGUGUUAUCCGUGGUCCUUGCAUUCCUUUGGAUAAGCGAACCCAGCUGGUGUGUGGACAUCCUCCGGGAUCAUACUCCUCGUCCCUGUUCCCUGGAAAAAUCUGGAUAAGUACAGCGCGCUCUCACUGCCGCUGUCGUGGCCGCGCUGUUCAGGUUCUUUCUUAAUCAACUACCUUAAGGUGAAUUGGAAUGGCUACGAAUAUCUCCAUGUACCCACAAGUCUGCAACUGUAAAGAUGAAACUACAUGGAGAAGCUUAUUUGAAACAUUAUCAUAGUGUGGAAUAUCGCUUUCAUCGCUUCCAUUUCUCUGAUUUUCAAAAGGGAGCAAUGUGCUAAAGAUGGAAAAGGCAACCAAGUAAAUACCUGUGGAGUGAUUGUAAAACGCACUGUGUCAGCGGGAUAACGUCAUGGCUGCUUUGGAGUUUCCAUAAAGAGUUCUUGUCCCUGGGAGGUGUUGCACGGUCACUGCUUCCUCCCGGAAGUGUUGCAGUUGGUGGCAUCUGGUUGCAAGAUUAGAGAGGGGUCCUCUCUAGCCAUGGAUUGCCAGGUGAAGCGCCUUGCUGCUUCCUAACAUGCAGCUCCGUCUAUGAGCAUUUGGAGAGCAGUCCUCCUCGUGCUCCACAGCUCCUGGGUCUUCUGCUCCCUGGACACCCCUCUGCCCCCAGUCUCUGGCCUCAUUCGCAGCUUCUCUUCUUUGGAGUCCUCCCCCUUGGACACCUGCGGAUGUGGAGGAGAACAAUGUCGAGGCCCAAGGGACUCUUAUGGCUCCCGCUGUUCUGCACUCCCGUCUGCGUCAUGGUCAACUCCAACGUGCUCCUGUGGAUAACAGCUCUAGCCGUCAAGUUCACGGUGAUUGACAGCCAGGCCUAUUACCCGGUUGUCAACACAAAUUACGGGAAAAUCCGGGGCCUAAGAACACCACUACCCAAUGAGAUUCUGGGUCCCGUGGAGCAAUAUUUGGGGGUGCCCUAUGCCUCGCCUCCCACUGGAGAGAGGCGGUUCCAGCCUCCGGAACCCCCGUCCUCAUGGACAGGGAUUCGAAAUGCUACUCAGUUUGCAGCUGUGUGCCCCCAACAUCUGGACGAGAGGUCUUUGUUGCAUGACAUGCUGCCUAUCUGGUUUACAGCCAAUUUGGAUACCUUGAUGACUUACGUACAAGAUCAGAACGAAGACUGCCUCUACUUAAACAUCUACGUUCCCACGGAAGAUGACAUCCACGAUCAAAAUGGUAAAAAGCCAGUGAUGGUCUAUAUCCAUGGUGGAUCGUACAUGGAGGGCACCGGAAACAUGAUCGACGGAAGCAUCUUAGCAAGCUACGGGAAUGUCAUCGUUAUCACCAUUAACUACCGCCUGGGAAUAUUGGGUUUUUUAAGCACCGGGGACCAGGCAGCCAAAGGUAACUACGGCCUCCUGGAUCAGAUCCAAGCCUUGCGGUGGAUUGAGGAGAACGUGGCAGCCUUCGGCGGUGACCCGAAAAGAGUGACGAUCUUCGGGUCGGGGGCCGGAGCGUCCUGCGUGAGCCUGCUGACCUUAUCGCACUACUCAGAAGGUCUCUUCCAGAAAGCGAUCAUCCAGAGCGGCACAGCCUUGUCCAGCUGGGCGGUGAACUACCAGCCUGCCAAAUACACUCGGAUGUUGGCAGACAAAGUGGGCUGCAACAUGCUAGACACCACGGACAUGGUGGAAUGCCUGAGGAAUAAGAACUACAAAGAGCUCAUUCAGCAGGCCAUCACCCCCGCCACCUACCACAUCGCCUUCGGCCCCGUGAUAGACGGGGAUGUCAUCCCCGACGACCCGCAGAUCCUCAUGGAGCAAGGCGAGUUCCUCAACUAUGACAUCAUGCUGGGCGUGAACCAAGGGGAGGGGCUGAAGUUCGUGGACGGUAUCGUGGACAAUGAGGACGGCGUGACGUCCAAUGACUUUGACUUCUCCGUGUCCAACUUCGUGGACAACCUCUACGGCUACCCGGAAGGCAAAGACACCUUGAGAGAGACCAUCAAGUUCAUGUACACGGACUGGGCAGAUAAGGAAAACCCAGAAACGCGACGCAAAACCCUGGUGGCCCUCUUCACAGACCAUCAGUGGGUGGCACCUGCCGUGGCCACCGCUGACCUCCACGCACAGUAUGGCUCGCCCACCUACUUCUAUGCCUUCUACCACCACUGUCAAAGCGAAAUGAAACCCAGUUGGGCAGACUCAGCUCACGGGGACGAGGUCCCUUAUGUGUUCGGGAUACCCAUGAUCGGCCCCACAGAACUCUUCAGCUGCAACUUCUCCAAGAACGAUGUGAUGUUAAGCGCAGUGGUCAUGACUUACUGGACCAAUUUCGCCAAAACGGGGGAUCCCAACCAGCCCGUUCCCCAAGAUACCAAGUUCAUCCACACCAAACCGAACCGCUUUGAAGAGGUGGCGUGGUCCAAAUACAACCCUAAAGACCAGCUCUAUCUCCACAUCGGCCUGAAACCCAGAGUGCGGGAUCAUUACCGCGCCACCAAAGUGGCUUUCUGGUUGGAGCUGGUCCCCCAUCUGCACAACCUGAAUGAGAUAUUCCAGUACGUCUCCACCACCACCAAGGUCCCCCCGCCAGAUAUGACAUCCUUCCCCUACGGGACCCGGCGGUCUCCAGCCAAGAUCUGGCCAACAACCAAACGCCCGGCCAUCACUCCGGCCAACAACCCUAAACACUCCAAGGAUCCUCACAAAACAGCGCCCGAGGACACCACCGUCCUCAUCGAAACCAAACGGGAUUACUCCACCGAGCUGAGCGUCACCAUCGCUGUGGGAGCAUCGCUUUUGUUUCUCAACAUCUUGGCCUUCGCAGCCCUGUACUACAAGAAGGAUAAGAGACGCCACGAGACGCACAGACGGCCCAGCCCACAGAGGAACACUACCAACGACAUCGCCCACAUCCAGAACGAAGAGAUUAUGUCUCUGCAGAUGAAGCAGCUGGAGCACGAGCAUGAGUGUGAGUCCCUGCAGGCUCACGACACCCUGAGGCUCACCUGCCCUCCAGACUACACGCUCACGCUACGCCGGUCCCCGGAUGACAUCCCGCUCAUGACGCCAAAUACCAUCACCAUGAUCCCCAACACAUUAACGGGCAUGCAACCCUUGCACACGUUCAACACCUUCAGCGGGGGACAAAACAGUACAAAUUUACCGCACGGACAUUCCACCACCAGAGUAUAGCUUUGCGCUUCACUUCCCUCCGCCCCUCCAUCCUUCCUUCUUUCUUCCUGUCUCCUUCACCCCGAUGGAAGACGUCCAGAGACGCAGAAAGACAAAAAAUCUGUAGGAAAGCUUUUCAUCUCAUCGGUUUAGGAUGACAACUCUGGCAAAAAAACAAAAAAUACAAAAAAUCGAAACAAAAACAACAGCAACAAAACCAACAGGUCACCUGGUUUCCCAAGACCUUCCCUCCCCUUUGGCAUUCUCCUGAACUGCUCCACCAACUUCUCACCCUAUGAAAUGUGAAAAGCCUACGUUUCUCUUACAAUACUGCUUUAAGAUUUCUCACCCACCCCAAAGACCUCUCCAGUCUCCAGAACAUCUCCAUUCAAUGACUCAGAUGUUCCCAGUGCUCACAAUUACCAAUUCACACUUCUGGAACCCAGCGAGGGACAUCUAAAUUUUUUUAUUUAAAAGAAAAAUAACAAUUGAAAAAAAAAGUCAUAAAUUCUUUACAUGCCAUACAAUGGAUGGCUCUACUUAUGGAAAGAGAGUGGUCUGUGGGUUCUUUUUUCUUUCUUUUUUUUUUUUUUUACCCAGCAUUAUAAAGAGUUGUAGUCCAGAGAGAAGGAAAAAAGUAGAAAUUUUAUCAUUAAAAUAAGACUUGACUAUGCAGAGAAUUAAACCUAUAGUGUUCUGUGCAAAGAGCUGUUUUGCCAGCCUGAACUAUAUUUAAGAAACUUUGUAAAAAUGAAAAAAAAAAAAAGAAAUUGUAUAUAGCUGUGAGUUUAAACAAACAAAAAACACACACAGAGGGGGAACAAAAGAAAAAAAAGCUUUUAUUGAUGUUUUCAGUUUGAAAGAGCUUUUAGCAAGGUUGUGAUUUUUCAUUGUGUUCUGAAUGUAUAUAAAUAUAAAUACAUAUAUAUUAUAUAUACAUUAGUCAUAUCACCUCUGUUUCCCUCUGAAGCAAACAACAAAAAGAAAGCUUUUGUUCUUAACUCUUUGUGGUAAAAACAAACAAGCAAACAAAAGACAUGGGAUUUUUUCUAAUUUGUUUCAUUUCUAAGAGGACCUGGCGUGGAACAGAAGAAUCCUAGACCAUCUGUGUGGCCUGUCUAUGUCCCAUUUUCAAGUUGCACAAAAUGCAUGAGACAGAAGCAUUCGUAGGGAAACUGUUGGGUUGGUUUUCUUUUUUUUUUUUUUUUUCCUCUCAAAACUUAUUUGCUUGUGCAGUUAGCCUUCCUGAAAUCACCACGCAGAGAUGGGUCCCCAGAGUUAAAUGUUCGCAAACGCAUGUCACAUUCAGGGACAGGCAUAUACACACGAGAUCCGCCAGGAGAAGCGGGUAAGAGAAAAAAAGAAAAGAAAAAAACAAAAACCGUAAUACAAGUCUCAUUCUGUAAUUCUGGCCCUUUGAGUAGAUUUAGGAAGAGUUCCUUCCCUUCGUAGAAGGUUGCCAAAAAGCAAAGAAAGCUUGUCUUUGGAAGGAUUGUGCCUGGUGCAAUCAAUACAGCUUUGUGUCUCACUACAGCUGCAGGGCUCUGCCUCAUGGGCUACCUGCUUUGCUUGUCUAAUCAGCUCCAAGGAGCUGUGCUUUCCACUGAAGCCGUGCAGCCCCUAUUUAUUAGCAAGCAGACCCCCACCCCACCCCCCCAAAAAAGAUCUUCCUAUCAUUAUGGGACAAAACAUGUGCUUGUCUGAAAAUACCACUUUUUGUAGAUUUGUGUAGCAAUCACCAAUCAACAAAUAACGCACAAAAUGGGGAAAAACAGAAAAAUCUCCAAUAGGAUACAGCUUCAGAAGUUCUUUGCAUGGGCUUAAAAUUGACAGUGUUACACUGUCAAGGAAAUCAACAGAAAUUUCUUGCCCCUAUUGAAUUGGCAACCUUGAGAUUUGUCCCCCAGAAUGGCUCAUUGCUUAUUAUUAUUAUUAUUUUUCUUCCUCUAAGAGAGGUUUUAAGGGUUAUAAGGUGCAAGGGAUACAGCACAGUCCAGAUUACGUUGUAUUUUUGUCUUUCAAAUAUGACUGCAUUAUCAAGUAACAGUAGCCAAAGAUAUUUGAAGAUCUCACAAUGUCUGGGCUGGAUUUUUAAAUACUGCGGCAAUCUCCAGUCUUAGAUGCUAAGGCCCAGGUAGGUAUUUUGCAUAAAACUGGUCCAGUUGUUAUCAUGUCCCUAAAAUAACAACGUUUGAAUAUGAAAAUUUCCUACACUAAAACUGUAGCGAUAGCUAAAAGUGUUUGACCUCUAGGGAAAAAAAAAAAAAAAAUUAAAGUUCUUAGACAUGCAGAAAAUCAGUCAAUCCUGUUGCAUAAGUGGAUUUCAGCUCAAGAGUUAUUCUCUGUAUAUAUAAAAGUGUGAAAUGUCAUGCACCCCACUUAGGACAUACGAAGAAGCAACAAUCCUUCCUUUGCAAACAGACGUCGUGGAUUACAUGUGUUUUAUCCGACGCAUCAUUUCCUCCUAAAGCUAUUUUUCAAGCCAUUUCCGGCAAGCUCUGUCUCCUCCCGGCUGGUUUAACAGCAAGCAGGAUACGCGCGAAGGGACUUGGUCGUUUUGCCAUCUACGCUGGUUCCGUAUGUUUGUAAUGUGAAUUCCAGUAUGUGUUUCGUCCUUGGCUAGCGAUAUGUACAGUCAUGCGUCUGUCAGCCCCGUGGCAUUUGGAUAAGGACACAGAAUUCCUGUUAAGUGAGUAAUUUUAGCUUUUCCAGAGGAUUAUGAUCAAAAGCAAUUUAAUACAUCGUAAAGGAUAUCUUAUUUCUACAUGGAAAGAGGUUAUAGGAUCUUCAUAGAGUUCUAUGAGAAAAAAAUAUACUUGCUAUCUAUAAAAAAGAGAGAAAAAAAGGAAAAAAAAUAAGAAAAAAAUACUUUCUUAGGCUUUUAUUCUCAAUCUUCAAAGGCACGCAGGGUUUAAUGGUUCGUUGGGUUAUUAUUUUGCAAUUUUGUUUUUUGAUUUUGCCUUAAGUAAUGAUAGAAGAUAUAUAUGGCUGGACACAUAUGUAUAAACUUUUCAGCAGCAUUUUUAAUAAUAAAAUAUCACAGUAUUUUCUAAUGCUUUGUGCAAAUAA